AGUGCCCACCUAUCAGUGCUGCCUAUCAGUGCCAGUCAGUGCCGCCUAUCAAUGCCAGUCAGUGCCGCCUAUCAGUGCCAGUCAGUGCCACCUAUCAAUGCCACGCCAUAUGAGUGCUGCCUUUCAGUGCCCAUCAGUGAUGCUUGUCAAUGCCCAUCAGUGCCACCUACCAGUGCCUCCUCAUCAGUGCCCAUCAGUGCCACCUAUCAGUGUCCAUCAGUGCAGCCUAUCAGUGCCCAUCACUGCAGCCCAUUAGCGCACAUCAGUAAAGGAGAAAAAUCACUUAUUUACAACAUUUUAUAA